CAGCAGCAGCAGCAGCAGCAGCAGCAGCAGCCAACAACAGCAACAACAGCAGCAGCAGCAGCAGCCACAGCAGCAGCAAAAGCGUCAGCAGGAACAGCAUCAGCAGCAACAAAAAAUCCUCAUCAAAUCCUCACCUAGGCUUUCAGUGUAUCCAGAUCCACAUCUUCACGCAAGCCGGGAGAGGGAAAGAGGAAAGGGGGGGAGGAAAAAAAAAACCCAACAACUUAGCGGAAACUUCUCAGAGAAUGCUCCAAAACUCAGCAGUGCUUCUGGUGCUGGUGAUCAGUGCUUCUGCAACCCAUGAGGCGGAGCAGAAUGAUUCUGUGAGCCCCAGGAAAUCCCGGGUGGCAGCUCAGAACUCAGCUGAAGUGGUUCGCUGCCUCAACAGUGCUCUGCAGGUUGGCUGCGGGGCUUUUGCCUGCUUGGAGAACUCCACCUGUGAUACAGAUGGGAUGUACGACAUCUGUAAAUCCUUCUUGUACAGCGCUGCUAAAUUUGACACUCAGGGAAAAGCAUUUGUCAAAGAGAGCUUAAAGUGCAUCGCCAAUGGGGUCACCUCCAAGGUCUUCCUCGCCAUUCGGAGAUGCUCCACUUUCCAGAGGAUGAUUGCUGAGGUGCAAGAGGAGUGCUACAGCAAGCUGAAUGUGUGCAGCGUCGCCAAGCGGAACCCCGAAGCCAUCACCGAGGUGGUCCAGCUCCCCAAUCACUUCUCCAACAGAUACUAUAACAGACUUGUCCGAAGCCUCCUGGAAUGCGACGAAGACACAGUCAGCACCAUCAGAGACAGCCUGAUGGAGAAAAUUGGGCCCAACAUGGCCAGCCUCUUUCACAUCCUGCAGACAGAUCACUGUGCCCAAACAUACCCGCGAGCUGACUUCAACAGGAGGCGCACGAGCGAGCCACAGAAGCUGAAAGUCCUCCUCAGGAACCUCCGAGAAAACUGCAUGAAACUAGGCUUCUGUAAUCAAUAUCCCAACAUUCUGCGAUGGCAGCGUUCCCACAGACAGAAUACGUGUGAUCUUUCUGCCUCUCGGCAGGAGAGAGUACCCUUUUGAUCACUUCCCUCUACCAUGUCUUCUCCCGGGUCCCCUCAAACUACUCUCAAACACAGAGCAUUCGCGUAAGGCCCAGUCCUUGUAAUUGGAAGAUGUGGAGGCCUUUUAGGAUGGUUGCCCCAGUAGAGUUAGCUGAUGAGAAGCAACUUAAAUGCAUGUCUUAAACGCUCAUAAAGAUGUUAAAUGGAAUUCGUGUGAUGAAUCUGUGCUGGCCAUGGACGAAUAUGAAUGUCGUGUUUGAAUUCUUGAUCUCUCAUGAGCUAGUAUCUUAUGGUCUUGAUCCUCUAGUGUGUCAUUUCCUUUCCAACACAUUUACCAAAUUGCUCAAGCCUGGCUCUUCAACCAGAGUUUGAGCCCGCAUCUUCUUGCAUCUAAUGAAAAACAAAAAGCUAACAUCUUUAUGUACUGUAACUGCUCAGAGCUUUAAAAGUACCUUUAACAAUUGUCUUAAAACCAGAGAAUCUUAAGGUCGAACUGUGGAAUAUAAAUAGCUGAAAACUAAUGUACUGUACAUAAAUUCCAGAGGACUCUGCUUAAACAAAGCAGUAUAUAAUAACUUUAUUGCAUAUAGAUUUAGUUUUGUAACUUAGCUUUAUUUUUCUUUUCCUGGGAAUGGAAUAACUAUCUCACUUCCAGAUAUCCACAUAAAUGCUCCUUGUGGCCUUUUUUAUAACUUAAGGGGGUAGAAGUAGUUUUACUCAACAUCAAAACUUAAGAUGGGCCUGUACGAGAUAGGAAAAACCAACAGGUUUAUCUGAAGGACCCCAGGUAAAAUGUUAAUCUCCCAGCCCACCUCAACCCAGAGGCUACUCUUGACUUAGAUCUAUCCUGAAACGGCUCUGUCACAUCCAACUGGGAAUUACGGGAACCAAAAAGAGCAUCCCUUUGGGCUUGGACCACUUACAGCGUCAUAAGGCCUACUCUAUCUUGGGAAGUGGAAUUCUUGUCUCACCGCCUCUCAUCCGUGCCUGAUAGCUCUGGCAAACCGAUGACGGCAUGGGAGACUUUCCAUUAAAUCGAUCAGGAACGAGUCAAUCAGCCUUUGGGUCUUCAGUUCCGGCGACUUGGGGCUGAGGGGGUAUAAAUAACCCUGGGCUGUCCAGCCUUAAUAGACUCCUCUUACAUUUUUGUCCUGUAGCACGCUGCCUGCCAAAGUAGUCCUGGCAGCUGGGCCAUCUCUGUAGGAUCGCAAAAAAAAA